GGUGGACUGUGGAGUUACUUAAGGGUGUGUCAAAAGUUGUUGAACCAGCUGGUGAUGUAGGAGAAACGAAACUGUAAACGCAUAACUUACCUGCACUUCGGGACAGAGGCCAUAUUUAACAAAUGGGUUUUUGACAAUCUGCUCUUUAAACCUCGUUAAGCCACGAUGGAAGAAGCGAAAAGAGACGAGCUAACGCAAGAGGAGGAAACGUCCACGAGGGCAGACCUGAAGGAGGCGCUGUACAUUUACAUUUUGGAGACCUUCUCGUACAUAGAGACACUGAAGGAUUUCCUGGAUGGACUGUCCAAUUGGAUGCUGACGAGAGAGACAGAGUUACACCUCCUACUUGACAUAAAAGAGAGAGCAGCCACAAUUGACCUGAGCCUGAGACAUGUUACCCAGUCCCAGGAGAAAGGAAAGGCAUUCGUGGAGUUUAUGAAGAAUAAGUUGUUCCCAUCAGUGGUAGAUGAGCAGAGGGCAGAGCUGCAGGAGGAGCUGAGUGCCUCUCUGAAGACCUGCCUGAUGGGGCUGCAGACUCUGGGCCUGUUCCUGGACGCUGUGGAGAAACUGGCCGUCACCUCUGUGCACGUGUUUAAGGAGGAGAACCCAGUUCUGCUGUUGUCUGAAGGGGGCGAUCUGGGCACAGUGCAGGACAUCAUCACUGUAGCUAAGAAUAUCUGCCCCCUGCUGGUGGAGUUCAAACGAGACGAUAAAGACUUCUUCAGCCCCAAACUACAGAACGUGGAGGUGCUGGCCUAUCAGCUGGACCAGUACAUCAAGUCUGUGCCAGACAAUCUGUCUUUGAGCGACUUCAGCUUUUUCAAACCUGUGGUGGACAUCAGUGAAGAAAUCUCAGAGGGCAAUGUUCAAAAGAUGCUGGACAACAUCACUCUGCUCCAAGAACUCAGGCAGGACGAGGCCUUCAGGAUGAUGUUCCUGUUCCAGGAGGAGUACUGCAGCAGCUUCAUGCAGUGCUUCAGUGAGUCUGAGCCCAGAAUGCAGCAGUUUCUGGUGGAGCUGGAGGACAGUGCCGUUCAAUUGGACCGAAUGAACCUGGGAGCUCGUAUCUCCAGUGUGACGGGCAGCUCUGUGGGGGCUGUGGGAGGAGUGUUGUCCAUCAUUGGGCUGGCUCUGAUCCCUGUGACUGCAGGAGCCUCUCUGGCCCUCACCAUGACUGGGGUGGGCCUGGGCAUCACUAGCGGAGUCAACAGUGCAGUCACCACAGCAACCGAGAUCGGAGUGAACCACACACAGCAGAAGAGGGCCAACGAGACCUUCCAGAAGUUUAUGGAAGACAUGAAGAACAUCCAGGACUGUCUGGAUGAUGUCACAUCUGAAGGUUCUCCUCUGGAUGCUGUGGAUGUAGCUGUGGAUGUAGCUGUGGGCGCUGUACAAAUACUGGGCAAAGCAGGUGCCAUUGGAAAAGGCAUUGAUUCCCUGGUGGACACUGCCUCUGCUGUGAAACUGCUGAGGACUGAAGAGGCGGUGGCCAGUGCAGGUAAAGUUUUGGCUGAAGAAGGGGGAGCUUUGCGUAAUGUCCCACGGGUGGCCUCUGAGCUGCCUGACGUGGGGCAGGCUGCAGCCCGAGGACCCCUGGCCCUGUCCAGCGGAGCCAGAGGAGGCUUCAUCGCUCUCAACUCUCUUUUUCUGGGAAUGGACGUGUUCUUCAUCGUCAAAGACAGCAUGAGUUUAGCCCGAGGCACUGAGACUGAGCUGUCCAAAUUCAUCCGCGCCCGAUCGGCUCUGUGGCGCUCAGAGAUGACAUCAUGGCAGAAGAUCUACGAGCUCCUGGAGAAAGGGGAACCGUCCUUCAAGACAAAACAAGACAUUCUUGUGACUGACUUUUACCCUGAGGAGCAGAUCACAUGGGAGACACAGACUGAGGACAAUGAAGCUUUGUCUGAAGCAGUGGGUGACCAACCAACAGAGACAGCAAAUCAGAGCUGUGUGGUACAAUAGUAUUGUGUUUUAGGCUCUAGGCUGAACAAUGAAUAUCCUAAAGCCAUAUUAAAGCCAGACUUAAAGGUACUGAACCUGAGUUUACUGUCUUUAAAAUGAUUUAGUUCUGUUUUUCAUGUUUUAAACGGCUGGCAGUGGUCCAAAGUGAGUGUUUUACCUUGCAUGUUCUGAACAUCUUAAUUAUUCACCACGAUGAGUCUUGCUGUGAUGGUAAAGCUAACAAUAACUAGCACUCACUUCCUGAUUAUCAAAUAAUGAAACAUUUGUAAUUAGAUACAUACAAUAGUGUGCUUGUGUGUGUGCACAUGAAUGCACAUAGUACAUACAGUGAAUGCAUCUGUAUGUGGACCUUUUGCCAUUAGAGUUCUCAGGGAAUUUUUCAACUUGUCUUUCAGUCAUAGACUUUAUAUAUAAAUGGACAUGGGUAACGCGCUAGCCGCCACGUUCCAAAUAGGAAGUUGACAUGUGGGCUCUUCCGGCUGCUUCUGUCUCCUCUUUCUGUAACUGUUGCUGUGAGCCUUGUCUUUUUGGUCUAGCAUCGCACGCUUCAUUUGAGUGGAACCGGACACUAUGGGUGAUAUCACACUCGCUUAUACAGUCGAUGCUUUCAUCAUGUCAUAUCCAUGUGUUUUGAAACAAGUUAAAAAGGAUUCUGUGAGCACCUGCAUGUGUGUGUGUCUGGGCUCUGACCUGUUGGCCUUUUAAAAGGAGAGGUUACUGUCAACUUCCAGUUUUCUACAACUCUUGUCUUGUUAGGUGACUUAAAACAUGAAGUCUUCAUCUGUGAGCAGUGAAACCUUGAGUACAGAGUUUUAUAUUUGACUUUCAAGUUUUAAAAUGGAGCAGAUUUCUGAGCACUUGAGUCAAUACAAAGGUUUUACCUUCCUACUCCAGAGUACCUCGACUCACUUCAGAAUUUUCAGAUCAGAAACAGUGACUUAUUCUUGGUCACUUACCUCAAAUCAUAUCAGUUCUCUCUUCCUUAGAAGCUUAGACCAGGCACUGCAGGUGAAUAGAUAUAGAAAAUCUUAAAUUUAGAUAUAUCAUUUUGAAAAAUGUAUUACAAGUUUUCCAUUAUGUAAAGUUUUUAUAUAAAAAUAAGGUAUUUUAUGUGUAAAAAGAGCCAAAAUGCACCAUAUUUGGCACAUUCAAAACAGAAACAGGUUUAAACAUACUGUAUUGCUUCUUUUUGUUGACAUAUUAGAUACUAAAAAAUAAACAAAGAGGAUUUUGGAUAUCGUAUUUAGUAUCUAAAUAAACUUAAUCUGAUUAAAAAUUUGCCUAAAAAUUCAAAUUUCACCUCAUUUUUUUAGUAUUUUGACCUCAAGAGCUGCUUAUAUAUCUGUAGUGGGGAAAGACAAUUUUUGCUCAAAUACAUGGGAGGCUACAGGAACUUUAAAUAUUUAUUUUAAAAUACACAUUUGUAACACAGUCAAAAAUAGGGCUCAAAUCAAUUCAAUUAAAUCAUGAUCAAAUAAUUUACAGAUUACAAUGAUUAUCUUGGGGCUUUUUUAAUUGUAAUGGAUAUCGACAGAUUGUGAUAUUAGAGGACAUGAAAUAUGAGCUAAUACUGCAAAGAAAAUAGGCUGUUCUUUGUGUUACAACUAGGGGUGUCAAAUUAUCGCGUUAAUUGCGAUUAAUUCAUUACAGUCAUAUUUAGCGUGUUAUGUUUUUUAAUCGCGUUAAUCUCAUUUUUAAUCUCUAACUUUAGUGUUUCUGUAUGUGAGUUGCUUUAUUAUAAAACCUGUUUUUAUGUGUUGUUGGGACAACAACAACACACACACAAAAAACACAUUUAUUAUUAUUAUUUUUUUAUUUCAGUAAUUCCACUCAUUGCCGGAAACCCACAAAAAACGCACGCAGUAAGAGCGAUGUAAACGUCAUGUUCACGUUUGCGGCGUCAGUCACACAAUUGACGAGGUCGAAGAGCCACUAGAACAGAGGCAGCAGUGCACAGGUAAAAACACAUUCGUGUCUUGGAAAUUAUUCUCCCGACGUGAAAUAUAAAAGAAAAUAACAAAUAUAAAAUCACCUACAACUUAAAUGUCACUGGUGAAAACAACCUGCAUAGACUCAUGAUGUCUGCACUACUGUCCUAUAGUGACCUGCCACAUGAGGGGACACGCACACAAACAAACACACACAAACACACACCUUCAUCAUCGUCAUUAACCUGAGAACGCGUGGACCACGUUUCCUUCCGUAGUUACUGCGCGGACACCGACGUGCUCCCGUGAGCCGCGUGUGGAUCGUGUUUUCUCGCGUACGCUGCGUAAACCGCGCUUCCUCCUGUGCGCCUCUAAACCAGAACUAACACCAAGACUAAAACCAGGACUAAUCCAGUCCAGGACUAAACCAGGACUAAACCGGAACUAAAACCGGAACUAAAACCAGAACUAAAACCAGAACUAAAACCAGGUCUAAACCAGGUCUAAACCAGGACUAAACCAGGACUAAACCAGCACUAAACCAGAAAUAACACCAGGACUAAAACCAGGAUUAAUCCAUUCCAGGACUACUCUAGGACUAAAGUAGGACUAAAGUAGGACUAAAGCAGGUCUAAACCAGGACUAAAACAAGGACUAAAACCAGUGAUCUCAUAUAUAAAGCAUUUCUCUAUCAAUAAUAUUUUUAAUAUGGUUAAGGAAAGACUGGACUUUUUAUUGUCUUUAAGUAGACAAAAGUUAUUAUGUUCAGAUUUCCUCGUCUUUGCUACUUUACAGCAAACAGUUUCUUAUUCAUAGAGACUUGGGCUCAACAACCAAUUUGGAGAGAUUUGUUAAACAAUAAAUGACUUUAUAAAGUCACUUUUUUUAAUCUAUAUCAGUCUUUUGAUCUGCCACAAUAAUGUAAUAAUGAAUUUAAAUGAAAAUACCUCAAAUUGAAGGCUUUUCCCAGCAAUUUUUAGGUGAGAUUAAAAUGAGAUUAAUUAGAUUAAUGAAUUACAGAUCAUAAUUAAUUAAUCUCUCAAUUUUUUUAAUCGCAUGACAGCACUAGUUACAACAUAAGUGUAUUGUUUUGUCUGUUGUAAGAGCAUAGGAUCAACAUAAGGUUCACGUCUGCUCUUUUUAUUGUUGUAAAUAUACAGUUUUUUUUUAUUUAACUCUUGUUCUACAAUAGCAAAUUUGUCUUGGGCACGAGGUUCUAGGUGCAUAGAGAUCAAAUGGACACAAUACAAAUCAAUGGUAGAAUGUAAUGUAUUUUCUUUGGGUCAAGAAACAAUGUGUUUUUAUGUAAAAAAGUUUAAGGCUGCAGAUUUUAUAUCUUGUUCACUGAAUAACAGAGGAUUCUUUUAUGAAUCACUGAACUUGAUCAUCUGUUUCUGUAAUAGAACAAAACAAAAGAGAUUUUGAUUCCAAAUUCAAGUUGUGGUCAAAAAGUGUCAUUUAUUUAUUUAGAGUUUAGUUUAUUUUCUGAACUUUGCACUUUUCCUCUUGUCUGGAACUGGUUUCUCCAUUUUGCAGAAUAUAUAUAUAUAGCAUGUAUGGUUCUGACCUCUGUAAGAAUACAGAUUGACCUGAGGUCUGAUCUUGAGGGACUGUAAAAGCACUUUAAUAGGUGAUGGUAGUAAUACUUGAUUGCAUCAAAGAUUGUUGUAUUUUGUAAUUUAGAGUAAUAAAUGUUUUCAUUUUCAAAA